GAGGGACUAUGGGGGAAACUGCCUCAUCUAUGACGCGAACAACAAGACGGACCCCUUCCACAACAUCUGGGACAAGCUGGACGGCUUUGUUCCUGCGCAUUUCCUCGGCUGGUACCUGAAGACCCUGAUGAUCCGUGACUGGUGGAUGUGCAUGAUCAUCAGCGUGAUGUUCGAGUUCCUCGAGUACAGCCUGGAGCACCAGCUGCCUAACUUCAGCGAAUGCUGGUGGGACCACUGGAUCAUGGACGUGCUUGUGUGCAAUGGGCUGGGCAUCUACUGCGGCAUGAAGACGCUCGAGUGGCUGUCUCUGAAGACGUACAAGUGGCAGGGCCUCUGGAACAUCCCCACCUACAAGGGCAAGAUGAAGAGAAUCGCCUUCCAGUUCACGCCCUACAGCUGGGUCCGCUUCGAGUGGAAGCCCGCCUCCAACCUGCGCCGCUGGCUGGCCGUGUGCGGCAUCAUCCUGGUGUUUCUGUUGGCAGAACUAAACACAUUCUACCUGAAGUUCGUGCUGUGGAUGCCCCCGGAGCACUACCUGGUCCUCCUUCGGCUGGUCUUUUUCGUGAACGUGGGCGGCGUGGCCAUGCGUGAGAUCUACGACUUCAUGGAUGACCCGAGGUUCCACAAGAAGCUGGGCCAGCAGGCCUGGCUGGUGACGGCCAUCACGGCCACAGAGCUGCUGAUCGUCAUCAAGUACGACCCGCACACACUCACCCUGUCGCUGCCCUUCUACAUCUCUCAGUGCUGGACGCUCGGCUCCGUGCUGGUGCUCACCUGGACCGUGUGGCGCUUCUUCCUGCGGGACAUCACUCUGCGGUAUAAAGAGAUCCGGCGGCAGAAGCAGGAGAGCCGGGGUGACAAGGGCAAAGCUGUCGGCAACGGAGACGGCCACUCGCUGGGCCCUGAGGACGACGUGCCAGAGCCCGAGGGGGCGGGAGGGCCAGCUCCAAACUGAC